UACUUUCUCUCUCUAGCCAGAAAUUACCGGGAGAUUUCUCUCUCAUGGGGCUUCAAAUUCGCGGACCAUCAACCCCAAAGCCUUAUUUCUUAGGGUUUUUACUUUUUCAGAGAGAGAACUCGUUAACAAUAAGCCCUUACAGCAGUUCUCAAAUCAGGUGUUCUUUUUGGUGAUGGCUUGCCUUUGGGAAAUACGAUAAUUCAUCAAACAUGGAGGAGGAGGAAGAAGACAGUCUUUUGUUAAGCAGUUUGGGUGUAAAAUCAGCAAAUGCUGAAGAGUUUGAAAGGAGCCUGCUACUUCAUGAGGCUGAGGCUGAUAAGAAAGAAAAUCAAGUGCAUGAUGGAAAGGACACUGAGAAUGCUUUGGAUACACCAUAUUCAGAUUUGAUUAAACUGCACAAUAAAUUAAGAGCAGUUGAAGUUGAGAUAGAUGCUGUUGCAGCUAGUGUUGGGGGUGUAGGGAACAAAGAUAUUUCUUCAAUAAGUGUGGAAAAUGGUCAAUUGGGAACUGUAGAGAAUAUUGAAAGUGAAAACCCUGUGUGGACAAAUGGUUUAGAACUUCAACAUGCAUUAGCUGCUGAUAGGUUAAAAAGCCUUAGGAAAACAAGGAAUCAGCUUCAAAACGAGAUAUCUGAAAUUGAAAAGGAAAUUCCAAGUGAUAGUCUUGCUGAUAAGAAUCUACUUGGUAAGUUGGUUAAGGAAAAAAAGAAGCACAAACCAAAGUCAGAAGGCUCAAAACUUGCAACCUCUUCAAAUAGGAAAAAGCAGAAGAAAACAAUCACAUUUGAUGAUGAUCUGGAUUUUGAUGCAGUUUUGGAUGCAGCCUCUGCAGGAUUUGUGGAAACAGAGCGAGAUGAAUUGAUCCGUAAAGGCAUUUUGACUCCCUUUCAUAAACUCAAAGGCUUUGAACGUGGGUUCCAAAAACCUGGACCAUCAAACAGCCAAGCUGGACCAUCAAAUAGUGAAGCUACACCUGAGGAAGUUGGGGAGCACAAUCGUAAAGCAGCCAGCAUUGCAAAGGCUGCUGCAUCUCUCUCUGCAAUCUCAAAAUCUCGUCCUUCAACAAAGUUGGUCGAUGCCUCUGGAUUACCGAAACUUGAACCACCCACUCGUGCCUUUCAUAGAUUGCAGAAACAUUCAAUAUCAAGAGGGGCUCAAGUCGCUGAGAAGCCUGAUGUGGUGCAAGGAACUCCUGUAAAGAAACGGAAGCGACCUUUACCAGAUAAGAAAUGGAGGAAAGUCACUCUACAGGAAGAGAAACUAUUCUCAGAAGAAGAAGGUAUCACGGAGGGCCACCCCUCAAGUAGUACGAGGGACUCCGAUUCAGCAAGUCCUGAUUAUGAAGUAGAAAAUCAAGAUGGGAUUGUCGAUCAUGAGCCGACAACUGUUACCCUUGAAGGAGGACUUAAAAUCCCAGAAACCGUUUUCAACAAACUCUUUGAUUAUCAAAAAGUAGGGGUAAAAUGGCUUUGGGAAUUACACUGCCAAAGAGCUGGUGGGAUAAUUGGAGAUGAGAUGGGUUUGGGAAAAACCGUCCAGGUAAUAGCUUUUUUGGGUGCUCUUCAUUUUAGUAAAAUGUAUAAACCUAGCAUUGUUAUAUGCCCAGUAACUCUCCUGUGUCAGUGGAGAAGGGAGGUCAAGAAGUGGUACCCUGGUUUCCAUGUUGAGAUACUCCAUGAUUCUGUCCAACUACCGGGUUCUAGACGCAAGGUGAGAGAAUCUGAUGAUGAAAGUGAAAGCAUGUCAGAUAGUGAAACCGAUAACUCUGUCCCUGCAAAAAAUAUUAAAAAAUGGGAUGCUUUAAUUGAUCGUAUUACUGGGUCAGAGUCAGGCUUGCUCCUCACUACCUAUGAGCAACUUCGUAUACUUCGGGAAAAGUUACUUGACAUUGAGUGGGGUUAUGCAGUAUUGGAUGAGGGACACCGGAUUAGAAACCCUAAUGCAGAGGUCACUCUGGUAUGCAAACAGUUACAAACAGUUCACCGUAUAAUAAUGACUGGUGCACCAAUCCAGAACAAACUCACUGAACUAUGGUCUUUGUUUGAUUUUGUCUUCCCUGGCAAGUUGGGUGUAUUACCAGUUUUUGAGGCUCAAUUCUCAGUGCCAAUCUCAGUUGGGGGCUAUGCCAAUGCCACGCCAUUGCAAGUGUCAACUGCCUAUCGAUGUGCUGUGGUCCUGCGUGAUCUUAUAAUGCCUUACCUUUUGAGGAGAAUGAAAGCUGACGUGAAUGCGCAGCUACCAAAGAAAACAGAGCAUGUACUUUUUUGCAGCUUGACCAUGGAGCAAAGGGCGGUGUAUCGAGCCUUUUUAGCGAGCUCGGAGGUGGAGCAAAUCUUCAAUGGUAAUAGGAACUCUUUGUAUGGGAUAGAUGUGGUUAGGAAGAUAUGCAACCAUCCUGAUCUUUUAGAGAGAGAACAUAGUGCAGGGCAUCCAGACUAUGGUAAUCCAGAGAGGAGUGGUAAAAUGAAGGUGGUCGCACAGGUAUUGAAAGUGUGGAAGGACCAAGGUCACCGAGUUUUGCUUUUUGCACAAACCCAACAAAUGUUGGAUAUCUUGGAGAGUUUUUUGAUAGCAUCAGAGUAUUCUUACCGAAGAAUGGAUGGGCUUACCCCUGUGAAACAGAGGAUGGUUUUGAUGGAUGAGUUCAAUGGUUCUAAUGAUGUAUUUGUGUUCAUUCUGACAACAAAAGUUGGGGGGCUUGGUACCAAUCUGACUGGUGCAGAUCGGGUGAUCAUAUUUGAUCCUGAUUGGAAUCCUUCAACUGACGUACAGGCAAGAGAGCGUGCAUGGCGUAUAGGUCAAACUCGAGAUGUAACAAUUUAUAGACUGAUAACUAGAGGUACAAUCGAGGAGAAGGUCUACCAUCGACAAAUCUACAAGCAUUUCCUGACCAAUAAGAUUUUGAAAAAUCCCCAACAGAGAAGGUUCUUCAAAGCUAGAGACAUGAGGGAUCUCUUCACCCUACAAGAGGACGCAGACGGUGCUUGUACUGAGACAUCAAGCAUUUUCAGUCAACUGACUGAAAUAAACUUGGGUGUUCAUGAUAAUAAUCAAGGUGAACUAGAUUCAGCAAAGCCUGCAUGUAAUGAUAAUACAGGCAGUAAAAGAAGGAAAACCUCAAAAGAGGAAUCAUUCAGUAGUAAGGGAAAAGGCAAAGCUGACGAGAGUGACGGGGAAGUGGAUGAGGAGUCGAGCGUGUUGAGAAGCCUUUUUGAAGCUCAUGGUAUUCAUAGUGCCAUGAACCACGAUGUUAUCAUGAAUGCCAAUGAUGAGGAGAAGAUGAGGCUUGAGGAAGAAGCAUCCCAAGUUGCCCAAAGGGCAGCUGAAGCCUUAAGGCAAUCACGCAUGCUCCGAAGCCAAGAAAGGAUAUCAAUCCCUACGUGGACUGGAAGGUCAGGAGCUGCAGGGGCACCACCAUCUGCUCGUAGAACGUUUGGGUCCACUGUAAAUACCCAACUAAUUUCCACCUCAAAACCCUUGGAAACCCCUCCUACAAGUGGAGCUUCCAUGACCAAAAGCUUUGGUGCUGGUGCUUCUGUGGGCAAAACCUUGACCUCUUCUGAGCUUCUGGCUCGAAUCAGAGGGACCCAAGUGAGUGCUGUGGGUGCUGGGCUCGAGCACCAACUCGGUUCAAACCUUUCAGUGGGUUCAAGCCAUUCGGUGAACUCGAUCACUUCAAUUGGUUCUAGUUCUAAGGGAGGAUCUAGGCCCAUUAAGGAUAACAAAGCUUCUUCAAGUUCAUCAAAGCCUACGAUGGUUCAGCCUGAGAUCUUGAUUCGCCAGCUUUGCACAUUUAUGCAAGAGAAGGGUGGAAGUACCAGUUCAGCUAGUAUUGUGGAGCAUUUUAAGGAUAAGGUGCCAUCUAAGGAUCUGCCUUUGUUUAAGAACUUGCUCAAGGAGAUAGCGAGCUUAGAGAGAGGAACAGGUGGAUCAAAAUGGGUUUUGAAGACUGAAUAUCAGCAGUAAAAAGAGACUUGUAAGCUUCAAGGAGAUCAUGGGAUUUGAAAUGGCUUCUUAUGAGAAGAAGAGGCCUCAGAGGGAAGGCCAGGACCCGUGAGAAACAGGUGGAUCCUAGUGGCUCUGAGGCCUGAGUAUCAGCACUAGGAGGAGGUCAUGAGCCUUUUGAGGUGAAAUCAAGCAUUGAGAGAGAGAGCUGAUUACCUGUAACAGGGGGGGGUGGGGGAGAGAGUUUUCUUAAGCCUGAUUACCACUGACAUGGAGAUCUUCUGAAUGGCCCUCUCCCGAAAUAGAAGUACCCUUCUGAUGAAAGUACAUCAGUAGUUUGACAUUUGGGGAGUAUCGAGAUGGGUUUUGAGAUCAAAUCGCCACCUUUCGAUGAGAUUAAAGCACUUCAAUUAUUGGACGUUUUGGUGCUCUGUCUUUUGCAGCUGUAGAGAUAACAAGACUCAAUUCCUAUCAAGAACCUCAAGAGAGGUUGAGAAGCACGAUCCUAGUAAUCAUUUUUUGUGGUGCGGAACAUAAUCACCAUGUCAUUUUCUGUGUACAGUGCAGUUUAUUUUUGUUACCAUAUUGUUAAUUCAUUACAAGUGUAAUAACUGCAAAAUUUGUUCAGAUAUGAAUUGAAUGCUAACCAGCAAUUUUGGGUCCUC